GACUGUACACUGCGUCCCAGCAUCAGCUCAGGACAAUUACUGCCCCCUACAGGCCAUUUGGGAAAAGACAACGUGAUGACGUUUCACCUGCGACGCAGCUCUCAAACAGCCAUGCGCCACUUGGCAGCGUUGUUGUGGUCGCCUGUAGCCUGUGAGAUAAGUUAGCUGCUGCUGAGGAGUUUUUAAUGAUAGUGAGGUGUUUUUGUUGCUAAAGUUUGGAGCUAACGAAGUGGCUGAGGAGCGGAGGGUGGCAGUGAGAGCAGCUGAGCGGAGCCGCUUCCUCCUUCUGUCUGACGGCUGUGAGUGUGAAGUGGACAGGGGGACUGGCUGCCAUGUAGCCGAGGCAGAAGAAUGAGCAGUCAGCACACUCCAGCAGAGGGGACAGACGACUACGCGGUCCAGCAGGAAAAUGAGCUAGAAGCUCUUGCAUCUAUCUUCGGGGAUGAUUUCCAGGAUCUGCGGUGCAAGGAUCCGUGGAAGGUGAAAAGGCCUCCAGAGGUGCACCUCUGCCUGCGGCCCAACGGGCUGAGCCAUGGAGAGGAAUGCUACGUGACUGUGGACUUGCAGGUCAAUUGCCCGCCCACAUACCCAGAUGCGCCGCCGGAGCUGGAGCUGAGUAAUGCCAAAGGUCUGUCGAACGAAAACCUCCAGAACCUUCAGAGUGAGGUCACCAAGCUGGCAGCAGCGCGAUGUGGGGAGGUGAUGAUUUACGAGCUGGCAGACUUCAUCCAGGGCUUCCUGAGCGAUCACAACAAGCCCCCGCCGAGCUCCUUCCACGAGGAGAUGCUGAAGAACCAGCGGAGACAGCAGGAGAAACGAGACCAGGAGGAGCAGCAGAAGAUGGACCAGCGACGCAAGCAGGAGGAGGAUAUGGAAAAAGAGAUCAUGGCUGAAAUCCAAAGAAGAGAGGAGGAGAAACGGGAGGAGAAGAGAAGAAAGGAGAUAGCAAAACAGGAGCGGCUUGAGAGUAUGGAGCAGCCAGUCCUCGGUAGCGCCUCCCUGUUAGGAAAGAGCCCUCCCAGCCCCAGCGGUGCUUCCCCCGAACUGAUAGAAGCCAAGAAAGCAGCCGGGAACCGUCGUCGGACUACCUCGAACACACGCCACAGACGUGACACGGUUAAUGAAGACAGCCCUCGGUCACAAGAGCUGCUUCAUUUCAACAGCAGUACUUUUGGAGAACUUGUUGUCCACAGAGGGAAGAACUUAGGUGCGAGCGAGAGAUUCCGCCGUAACGUUUAUUAUGGAUUCGAGGCAAACUCAGGCGACUUUGCUGUGAUCUACGAGUGGUCGCUGCUCUGGAACAAGAAGAGGAGCAAGUUCUUCACUAGCCAGGAGAAAGGAAGGAUUGAGAACUGCAAAAAACAGAUCCAUGCGGCAGAAAAUGAGUUCAACUCUCUCCUGCGACUGGAUCACCCAAACCUUGUGCAUUACAUGGCGUUGAGCUCCACUGAGAAGGAGGACUCCCUCACGGUAAACCUGCUGGUGGAGCAUGUGGCAGGCACCAGCCUGAACCAAAGCCUCCUCACCCACAGCCCAGUCCCGCUGGAUAAACUGUGCCACUACACGGGCCAGCUGCUGGCUGCUCUCGACUACCUUCACUUCAACUCCGUGGUUCACAAGCAGCUGGGGGCCUCUAGCGCGCUGGUGGACUCGGAGGGCAACGUUCGACUGACUGACUACAGCUUAUCCAAGAGGUUCUCUGACAUCUGCAAAGAAGACAUUUUUGAGCAGGGCCACGUGCGUUUCUCAGAUGCCACGGCGAUGCCGACAAAGACGGGCAAGAAAGGGGACGUGUGGAACCUGGGGCUGAUGCUGCUGGCUCUGAGUCAGGGCAGAGAGGUGAAGGAGUACCCAGUUACAGUGCCGGCCAGCCUGUCUGCUGACUUCCAGGAUUUCCUCAACAAGUGUGUGUGCCUGAAUGACGCUGAACGCUGGACAACUCAGCAGCUGUUGGAGCACUCCUUCCUCAAGCCUCCGUCACCUAAAAACCUGCUGCAGCAGCGGGAUUCCAGCCCAGAAGAUCCUGGUGUGGACUUUGCAUCAUCAGUCAUCCCCCGGAGCCACAUCCUCAACGCUCCGUUCAGCUCCGGGGUGCAGAGGCAGUUUUCUCGCUACUUCAAUGAGUUUGAGGAACUCCAGCUUCUUGGAAAGGGAGCCUUCGGUGCUGUAAUUAAGGUUCAGAACAACCUUGACGGUUGCUACUAUGCUGUGAAGCGCAUCCAGGUCAAUCCAGCGAGUAAACAGUUCAGACGGAUCAAAGGUGAGGUGACGCUGCUGUCACGUCUGAACCAUGAAAACAUCGUUCGCUACUACAACGCAUGGAUCGAGCGUCACGAGACGCCCUCGACAGGAGUGCUGAGCAACACGGACAGCUCUGAGCCUUGCAGCACUGUGGACAAGCCUCCUCUGCAUAAAGAGCCUCUGCAGCGCAUCAACGAACUCGGCCUCGCUGAUAACGUGGAGGACGUCGCCCCGCCUCCGGCCCUGUCCAGCUCAGUGGAGUGGUCCACUUCUAUCGAAAGAUCUUCCAGUGCCAAAUGUGGCGGACGCCAGUCGAGUGAUGAAGAGGACGACGAUGAGGAUGAAGAUGUGUUUGGUGCUUCUUUUUUGCCGUCAGACAGUGACUCAAGCAGUGACAUUAUCUUUGACAACGGUGAUGAAAGCACAGAUGAGAUGUCACAGGUUGAGCCGAGCAAAAGGCCGGUAAUGGACACCACAGAGAGCACAGACUCGGAGCGCCCCCUUCUUAUAGCACAUUACCUGUACAUACAAAUGGAAUACUGUGAAAAGAGCACUUUAAGGGACACGAUUGAUCACGGCCUGCACCAGGACCAGAACCGGUUAUGGAGACUCUUCAGGGAAAUACUGGACGGCCUUGCUUACAUCCAUGAGCAGGGCAUGAUUCACAGGGACUUGAAGCCUGUCAACAUCUUCCUUGACUCUCAGGACCAUGUGAAGAUCGGAGACUUUGGCCUGGCGACGGACCACCCUGCUAAUGUGGCUGCAGGAAAAUUUGAAGUGGAGGAGAGCAGCUCAGCAGCGAUGCCCAAACCAGAUCCAACAGGUAACAUGACAGGCAUGGUUGGAACUGCACUGUACGUCAGUCCAGAGGUCCAAGGAAACACCAAAGCUACCUACAACCAAAAAGUCGACCUUUUUAGUCUGGGCAUCAUCCUGUUUGAGAUGGCCUACCGGCCCAUGACCACAGGGGCUGAGCGGAUCUCUGUCCUGAGCCAGCUACGCCUGGAGCCCAUGAUCUUCCCUGAGGACUUUGCUGCAUAUGAGCAGGGAACACAGAAGAAAGUGAUGGAAUGGCUGUUGAACCACGACCCGGCCCUGAGGCCCACUGCCCAGGAGCUCCUGAAGAGUGAACUGCUGCCUCCACCACAGAUGGAGGAGUCGGAACUGCAUGAGGUGCUGCAGCACACCAUGGCCAAUAUCAACGGCAAAGCCUACCGCACCAUGGUGGGCCAGCUGUUCGCCCAGAACACCUCUCCAGUCAUGGAUUACACCUACGACAUAGACCUGCACAAGGGCAGCUUCAGCUUCAACGGUGCCAAAUUGCAGCAGCAUGUGUACGAAACAAUCACCAGGAUCUUUAAGAAGCACGGUGCGGUACGUCUCCAGACGCCGCUGCUCCUCCCCAGGAACAGGAAGUUGUAUGAUGGCAGCGAGCUGGCCUGCUUCAUGGACCACAGUGGAAUGCUGGUUACACUGCCCUAUGACCUUCGCAUGGCGUUUUCAAGGUUCGUCGCUCGCAAUAACAUAACACAUCUGAAAAGGUACAGCAUCGAGCGCGUCUUCCGCCCCAGGAAACUAGAUCGCGCCCACCCAAGGGAGCUCCUGGAGUGCGCCUUUGACAUCAUCACCCCCGUCACUAACAGCCUGCUGCCUGAUGCCGAGACCAUUUACACCAUCUCUGAGAUUGUCCAGGAAUUCCCCGCACUUCAGGAAAGGAACUAUAACAUUUACCUGAACCAUACCAGCUUGUUGAAGGCCAUCCUGCUCCACAGUGGAGUCCCUGAGGACAAACUGAGCCAGGCCUCCUCCAUACUGUGUGACUCCAUGAGCGAGAAGCUGACCAAACGUGAGGUGGAGGCAAAGUUCUGCAACUUUUCACUGUCGACCAACAGUUUGCAGACGCUGUACAAGUACAUAGAACAGAAGGGGAAUCUGCAGGAACUGGCGCCACUGCUGACAUCACUCACCAAACAGAAGACUGCCGUCACCCAGCUGGCCAAGCAGGGCCUCAAGGACCUGGAGGAGCUCACAGUGCUGCUGUGCAGACUGGGAGUCAAACUGCAGGUGGUGGUUAACUUGGGCUUGGUUUACAAGGUGCAGCAUCACUCUGGGGUCAUCUUCCAGUUUGUGGCUUUCAUCAGGAAACGUAAGCGCACUGUGCCAGAUAUCGUGGCAGCUGGAGGUCGCUACGACCACUUGAUCCUGGAGUUUCGUGGGCCAGCUUCCACUGUGCCAGUGCCCUCUGCAGUUGGAGCCAGUGUGGCCCUGGACAAAGUCUGUGCUGCUAUGGCCAACAUGGAGGAGCCACCAUCGGUGAGCUCCUGCGAUGUGCUCGUGGUGCCAGUGGGGCAUUCUUCAAUGUCCAGAGCCAUCAAUGUUGUCCAGAAGCUGUGGAGCACCGGCGUCUCUGCCGACAUCGCCUACGAUGUCUCACAGUCUCAGGACACGUUGAUGGAGCACUGCAGGCUGGCAGGCAUCAGCUGCAUGGCCCUCGUCUCUGACAAGGAGGGAAACUAUGUGAAGGUCAGGUCCUUUGAGAAGGACAGACAGUCUGAGAAACGGAUUCCUGAGUCGGACCUGGUGGACCACAUCAUUCAGAAAUGUCGGACCAAAUUCUUUGAGGACAGAAACAUCAGAGAAAUCUCUGAAAGCAUGUCUCAGAACCCUAAAGGAUCACUGCUCAACUCCACAGGCUCUUCAGAGCAGCAUGGGAGCAGCAGCAACACGAAUAUGAAUGUGAACGUCAUCAGCCCAGAGAAAGUUUCUAACAGUGCGAGGCGACGCUACGAGACUCAGAUCCAAACCAGAUUACAGAAUCUCAGCAGCAAUUUGCAGAACAAGAGCAAUGACAUUGAGGUUCUGGCAGUGGACCUGCAGAAGGAAACGCUGAUCAACUUUCUGUCUCUGGAGUUUGAUUGCGAAGAUCAGUUCAACAGCAGCGUGAAGACUCUGCUAUCUCGUCUCCCCAAGCAGCGCUACCUGAAAUCCAUCUGCGAGGAGAUCCACCAUUUCAAAAUUGCGAAAAAGGUGGCUGUGGUGGUUUUGUAUAGCUACAAGGAUGACUACUACAAGAUCCUCCUCUGAGAACCCGGGGGUUCCCCUGGUCUGGGAGGUGUUUGAGACUUUUUCAUCCUUGGAUGUACAAAACCUGCUUGAAGACUGACAGACUCAAAGCUUUUCUUUUUGGAAAGUGAGAGCCCCAAAGACGCAAAUGAUUUCUUUAAUGUUGAAUGUUAAUUCAGCUAUUUGACCCAAAACCUGUUACUUUUCCAAAACCUUCCAGUUUUUUGUGGUCGUACUUAAACAAACAUGGACAACUUGACUUUAUUGCCUUAAUAGAUCAAUAAGGAGGAGAAAGAGAAACAGAAAGGGCUUUUUACUGAAGAUAAUGUGUCAUGAAGGCAACAAUUUUACAUUUCUAAUUAGCAGCGGGAUGGAUAGUAGGAAUAAAGCAUCUUUUCCCACGUGGA